AUGUUCAAAUCUGUAGGUUUUCAGUGUCUCCAGAUAUCCCACAGGAUUAAAAAAAUAUUAAUUAAUCUCAUUUAUUUUCAGAUUGCCAUCAUUGCCCUAUUCUGCUUGGCUGCCGCCAAUGGCGGUCUGAUUGAAACCCACCACGUUGUCCAGGAACCCGUUCUCACCAAAAUUGGCGCCGUGGUCCACAGUGUUCCCUCGGCCACUUCACAUCAAAGUUUUACUCGUGUCCACAACAAAGCCGUUGUCUCACCCAUUGUAACUCCCGUUGUUAAGACCACCGUCCAUGCCGCACCCAUUGUCAAAACGGUUGAAACCCAUGUUCCUACCGUGGUGAAGACCGUUGAACACGUCCCCACCUUGGUGAAAACUGUUGAACCUGUUGUUCAUGUCCACUCGGCUCCCACAACAUUUGUUCACUCUGCUCCCAUCGUACACACUGCUCCCGUGGUAAAAACUUUUGCCCCCGCUGCCUACACCAUCCAUCAUUAA